AUGGCCCAUGGGCACAGAUGCUUUGGGACAUGUGGCGUAAGGCCAGACCCUGUCGGCGAGAGAGAACAAGAGAGCAAGGUACAAAUAGUCGCUGGCAAGAUCCGAGGUUGUCUGCGACGACGGUGGGCAAAGUGUAUUCGCAGACGUGGUCGCAUUCGUCAGUCGGGCAGAGUUGCAACGCAAGUAGCGGCUCGAGCUAUUGGUCGUCAUCUGCCAACUGUUGAUGUUGAUGUUGUUAUUGUUCUGUCGUCGCCGCCGCCGCCGCCGUCGUCGUCCAUCGCCCAUCGCUGCCAUCAUCCACCGUCGUCAAACAUCGUGGAGCUGACCGAGACUCGCAGGCCACAAGAGCGAUGGGCCAACCACAGCGAAGAGUCGAUGACGGGACUAGCUCCGGGGUCCAUUGGGCGUUUGGAUCCUUCCAGCCGAUUGACCACUGUACCAAGUGACACUGACCCCCACCGGACCGACUCCCGAGUCUGA